UGGGUGCAGAUCGCGGAGCGCAUCCCUGGUCGCGACGGAAGCGGAAGACAGUGCCGCGCGCGGUGGCUGAACCACCUGGAUCCGUCCCUCGAUAAGAGCCCCUGGACGCCCGAGGAGGACGCGAUCCUGGUCAAGGCGCAUCAGCGCCUGGGAAACAAGUGGGCAAAGAUUGCGGAAUUGCUGCCCGGUCGCGGGGGUGCCGCGAUCAAGAACCGCUGGCAUAGU